CUAUGCCAUUUAACUACGUAAGCAUCUGCAUCGCUUUAUAUGACUAUACAGCUCAAACCGAAGAUGAGCUUACUUUUCAUGAAGACGAUGUUCUUUAUAUACUAGAAAAUGACGAAGAAGAUUGGUGGAAAGCGAAAUUAAAGAGCGCUAACACUGAAGGUGAACACCCGAUUGGACUUGUGCCUCGUAAUUAUAUUCAGGAAGCUGAAUGUACUGCAGUUUUAAGAGCUCUUUGGGAUUAUGAGGCUAGUUCGGAAGAAGAGUUAUCAUUUAAAGAGGAUGAUAUGUUAAAUUUAUAUGAAGAAGAUGGGGAUGGUUGGUUUUUGGUCAAAUUUAACGAUGUAUUCGGUAUGAUUCCUCCAAAUUAUGUCGAAAAGACUAAUAAAGCAAAACCAGUAUCAUUAUUUGACGCUUUAUCAAGCGCGAAUAAUACAUAUGUGGAUCCAUUAAAAUUAUAUGCUGUAAAAGCCGCUCGUCCAAAGGCUGGAUCAUUAGCAAAUGAAAGAAAAACUUGGUCUGUUACGGAACUUGUUGGUGAUAAGAAAAAACAAAAGAAGAAAGGUACUUUGGUGAUUGGUAAUGGUAGAGCGCCUGUUCGCCAGUGGGAAAUUAAUGAUAUUACAGAUAUUAAUAAAGAUAAAAAAAAUAUUUCAUUCACAUUUGGAGGUUCCAAGGGAGGAACGAUUGAUUUUCAUGCCAAUAAAAAUGUUAUUAUAGAAAUUUUUCAAAAAGCGGAAGAUUGUCGUGCUAGUAUAGAAAUUCCUACAGUGAAGGUGGAUAAUUCUUCCACCAGAUCAAGUAUAGUUAGCCCUACAUUAUCUUCUUCACGUCCUUCAUCGACUCAUAAAUCAAUAGAGUCUGAAGAGCUUCAAGAAUAUGAGAAUGAUGAACAAGAUGUAUCAAAUUCAUAUCAUAGCGUACCUGAGGUUACUAUAGAAGAGAAAUAUGUAGAAGAAAAUGAAUUGCUGUCACCUAAAUUUGGUGUAGCACUAUAUGAUUUUGAUGCUCAAGGAGAAGAUGAAGUUUCAAUUCGUGAAGGCGAUGAAUUAUGGAUUAUUGAUGAUGUAAGCAGUGAAGAAUGGUGGAAGAUUAAAAAAGGAGAUGAAGAAGGGGUUGUACCCGCUUCUUUUAUUGAAUUACAUAGUGAAGAAGACAUUGAAGCUGAGAAGGCUGCACAAGUUGCUGCCGCCGAAGCGGAGCGUCAACAAUUUGAAGAAGAGGAACGUAUUAAACGUGAAGAAGAAAGAAGGCGUCGUCAACGUGAUGAAGAAGGACGUAAACGACGUGAAGCGGAAAAACGUGCUCUCGAAGAAAAGAAACGAAAAGAAGCUCAAUUACAGCUAGCACCCCCUCCUCCAAUUUUGCCAACGUAUGACUUUGUCAUAAAAUUGACUAUUUAUGAGGUUAAGAAACCGGCCCACUCAAUUAGGAGCUUUUGUGCUUAUAAGGUUGCACUUAAAUGCGUAAAAACACCCUUAUCGGUACAAGGGAUCCUAACUCGAAUCUCCUGUCGUCUUCUUGUCAUCAUUGUUGAAAAAGAAGCAGCUGUAAAGAAAAUUCAGACUCCUUCAAACCGCGCAUUGCCUGAACGACCAGCGCAAGCUUUAUCUAAAUCUAAACCAAUUCCGUCAAAUACAAGGACUUGGACUGAUCGAUCAGGUUCUUUUAAAGUUGAAGCACAAUUCUUACAAUUAAUUGAUGGCAAUGUACACCUUCACAAACUUAAUGGCGUUAAGAUUGCUGUUCCUGUCGAUAAGAUGAGCAAAGAAGACCUUGCUUACCUUGAGGACGUUACAGGAGAGAAAGUUUAUGAUAAAAAUGAUGAUACCCCUCUAGCUGCUAUUGCCGCUGCAUAUAAAGGCAAGGCGAGAUUAUCAAAUAAUUAUGCUAUUGAUUAUGAUUGGUAUGAUUUCUUCCUUAAUGCUGAUGUCUCACAUGAGGAUGCCUUCGAGUAUGCUAAAAAGUUUCUCGCAGAGAAGAUGGAUGAGAGUUCAAUUCCUGAUCUCGAUCGUGAUGUGAUGAAGGGACUUGGUAUCAAGGAGGGGGAUAUUAUCAGGAUUAAGAAAUACAUAGAUCAAAAGUAUAAUUUCGGGAAAAAGAGAAACGUUAGUUUUGGUUCAACAAGUGUCAUUCCUGAUGAUAUAGAUAUACAAUCAAAGAACAAACAAAGUGUAAGAAAAUCACAGCCCGAAGAUGUUCAAAAAGCGCAACAGCUUUCGGAAUUUGAUAUUAAAAUACAAUUGAAGCGUGAUGAACAAUUGGCUAGGGAACUUCAAGAAGAGGAGAACAGAAUAGCUCGAAGUGAAGGUCGUCAAAUUCCGAAGUCUGCUGAUCUAUAUAGUAAUUUAGAUUCUAUUAUACAGAGAGAAGAGAAAAAGACCCCAACAACAACACCACAACUUUUUGCUGCCAAUAAUGGCAUGUUAAAAAAUAAUACAAAGAAAGCUCGCCCCCAACCCACAAAGGCAGCAUCAAUUCAGAUUGAUGCUAAAACUCUUGUUGCUAAAGGAUCAUUUGAUGAUGCUUUUAAGUCAUCAUCAACGACAUCAAGAGAAAACAAAUUUGAUGAUGAUGCAUGGGUUUCUAAAGAUUUAACGCCACCUUUGGUACCUACGUCAUCGUCUUCCACGCCACCUUCACCACCUCCACCACCUUUAAUUCCUCAAGCUCCACCCUCUAUCCCUUUCCUUCCUGCAAAACCAGCUAGUUUGAGUACAAAUAAUAAUAUGAUGAGUAUUCAAAGAUCAAAUUCCACGGGUAGUUUUCAAGGGAUGGGAACAGGAAAUUUAUCCGGACCUGUUGUCAAUAACUUCAAUUCCUCUUUAAAUACUUGGAGUUCUGCGAGUCUAACGACAUCUACGUUAACAAAUUCUACGUCAGGAUACAAUUUAUCAAGCGUCAAUCAAAUCCAUUCCAGCAUAGAUACAUCAAAUCAAUUACGAUCACAAUCAUUUAAUAGCAACAAUAAUUUAAUAAAUCCUUCAUUUAAUCAAAAAUCAUCAAAUCAAUCACAACAACUUCAAUCUCAGCAAUCAUCAAAGUAUGAUCCUCAGAAUGUAUUUGCUUCAAUGAAAAAUGGUCAAUUUGGUCCAAUUGUACCAACAAGUAACUUUAAUGCUAAUGCUUCGCAAGAUAAAUAUGCUGUCUUCAAACAGGUGGAUCCUAACGCUCCGAGUGUCUUAAGCAAUUCAAAUGGAACAGGUUUUGGUCAAAAUCAAGGCGGACUUAUUAAUUCCAAUCAAACAAAUUGGAAUCAGAAUAAUCUUGGGUUCCCUCAACAAACGUCCAAUUUCGGAAUGAGCGGACAGAAUUCUGGUUUGAGUGGACAGCCAAAUCAAAUGGGAUUAAAUCCGCAAGCAUAUAAUCCGAAUCAAGGAUUAAAUAUUAAUCCCGGAAUGAAUCAAGGAUUUGCGCCCAAUCCAAAUUUCAAUAACAAUCAACAAUACCCUGGAAGACAGUGGUAA